UCCGGAAAUAACACCGCUACUUAAGUUCCUAUGACUAAAAACUCCGUCAUCGAAGCCUUAAUGAUUCUGAAACAACAGAAAACUUUAAAGUAGCUGUGCUAGUUUAAUUCAGACUAAGCGUUACCUCCAGCCUCGGUAUGUAAAACCUUGUAUUCUAAAGUGAGAAGAGGUUCGGGACAGCAAAGUUUGGACGUGUCCAGUUAACGUUGGGCUGCUUGGGAGUUGAACCAAACUCUUAACGAUGCAUAUGCUGGCGUCAAACGGAUCCAUCAUGGACCUGAACUCCGAGUGGGUGAAAGUUAAAGCUCACUACCGUGGGUUGAUGUUGAUCACUGACUUGGCUGCCACGGUAAGCUUCGUGGAGCUGUGUGAGGAAGUGAGAAAAAUGUGCAGCGUUGCUAAGCAACAGCCCAUCACACUCAAGUGGAUCGAUGAUGAAGGAGACCCUUGCACUAUUUCCUCUCAGAUGGAGCUGGAGGAGGCUUUUAGGAUUUACAGGAGAAGCAAGAGAUCUGGACUGUUGCUGCAUGUUUUCCCCAGCGCUCCAGAGCAGCCAGGCAUGCCCUGCCCUGGAGAAGACAAAUCAGUCUACCGCCGCGGGGCCAGAAGAUGGAGGAAGCUCUACCGAGUGAACGGACACCUUUUCCAGGCCAAAAGCUUUAACAGGAAAGCCUACUGUGGCCACUGUAGCGAAAGGAUAUGGGGGCUGGGCGGGCAGGGCUACAAGUGUAUCAGCUGCAAACUGUUGGUCCAUAAGCGCUGUCACAGACUCCUCCCUCAGACCUGCCAAAGGCUUAUGGAUCCAGUCAUGCCAUCACAGGAACCCCCUGCAGACUCCAAGAGAGAGGAGGUGGACGUCCCACCGGAUGACACGGAGGACACAGACGGGAUAUCUUUUCUGCCACACAACUGUGCAGUGGAUUCAAGGGGAGAUGUAGAGACGAAGGACUCUGACCUCAAUCCCCUGCAGGACAUCAAGGCUGUAGUGGACGGCAUCGACGGCAUUAAGUUGUCCCAAGGCACCACUCUGGGUCUGGGCGACUUUGAGCUGAUCCGUGUAAUUGGGCGAGGUAGCUACGCCAAAGUGCUGCUGGUCCGGCUAAAGAAGAAUGAGCAGGUGUUUGCCAUGAAAGUGGUGAAGAAGGAGCUGGUCCAUGAUGAUGAGGAUAUCGACUGGGUGCAGACUGAGAAGCAUGUGUUUGAGCAGGCGUCUACAAAUCCAUUCUUAGUCGGCCUCCACUCCUGUUUUCAGACAGAAAGUCGGUUAUUUCUGGUGAUCGAAUAUGUGAAUGGUGGGGAUCUGAUGUUUCAUAUGCAACGGCAGCGGAAACUCCCAGAGGAACAUGCCAGAUUUUAUGCUGCUGAAAUCUGCAUCGCUCUGAACUUCCUUCAUGAGAAGGGGAUUAUUUACCGAGAUCUAAAACUUGACAACGUUCUGUUGGACCAUGAAGGACACAUCAAGCUUACGGACUACGGCAUGUGCAAGGAGGGCAUCAGACCAGGGGACACCACCAGCACUUUCUGUGGGACCCCCAACUACAUUGCACCGGAGAUCCUGAGAGGAGAGGACUAUGGCUUCAGUGUAGACUGGUGGGCUCUGGGUGUGCUGAUGUUCGAGAUGAUGGCCGGAAGGUCUCCGUUUGAUAUUAUUACUGACAAUCCUGACAUGAACACAGAGGAAUACCUCUUCCAAGUUAUCCUUGAGAAGCCCAUUCGCAUCCCGAGGUCUCUGUCGGUGAAAGCUGCCAGCGUGCUGAAGGGCUUUCUAAACAAGGAUCCCAAGGAGCGCCUUGGUUGCCAGGUCCAAACAGGCUUCACAGAUAUCAAGUCACACACGUUUUUCCGCAAUAUAGACUGGGACCAGCUGGAAAAGAAGGAGAUGACGGCGCCCUUCAAACCUCAAAUCACUGAUGAGUACGGCUUGGAAAAUUUUGACACGCAGUUUACCAACGAACCAGUGCAGCUAACACCAGACGAUGAGGACGUCAUCAAGAGAAUAGACCAGUCAGAGUUUGAGGGAUUUGAAUACAUCAACCCCCUGCUGCUAUCCACAGAGGAGUCUGUAUGAAGGAGAGAGCAGCUUCCUCUGUCGCCCACCUUCUGUCUGUCCAAGCUGCCGUCUUAGCCAAAAAUAAAACCAACACAAGCCAACAGUGGAAGGCCAGGAGGAGGAUGAUGAACUCGCUUCAUGAAGGCGACGCGGACAGGGGGACGGGAAAGUUUCCUUCCUGGACUUUUGGGUUGUUUUGUUGAGUAUCAGACUCUGCUGUCUGUGGAGUUUGUAAGUGGAAAGUAAACCGUGGACUCCGGGAUCAUUCCCCACCCUUCUGUUCUCCUCUCCUUUUCUCUUUCAGCUUAUUUCCAUCCUCGAGUCAAAGCAUGACCGGCUUUGUGAUUUCAGAGCAGAAGUGUGUCGUUCUGUGCCUGCCAUCAUGAAAGACAUUUCCACCCGUCCCAGGAUGAAGACCAGAGUUCUGACCGAGAGCUUCAGAUGACUUUAGGUGCCCCGUUCCUCAUUUCUGUGUUUCUAUCUCGUAGACGAGGCCACGCCUCGGACCGAGCAAGAAUGUACAAUGUCAACGUAAAGAAUCAGGUUUUUGCGUGUUACGAUGUUGGUAACGAAUCCAAAAUGGACGAUGCCUUUUGUUGAUGCGACUGGCACAUUCUCAUUCUCAACCGCAAUUUUUUUUUUUUUUACCUUCUCUGAUUGUCUCUAACUAAACUUGGGAGUCUGUCUGAGAGAGUAGUUUUUAUUUAAUAAGUGCCUCAAAGAUCAAAUGAGUUCUGUCUCUGAUUGCUCCUCCUGGACCUUCUCCGCCCACCGGCUCCGGCCGCUCAGUCCAAUCCUCUUGUUUUCAGUGUUAAAACCUCUCAGCGAUGAUUGUCUAUAAGUUUGCUCGAGCAGAAUCGGGACACAGGGAGAGCUUGUUGAGUCUUUAAUGCCUGAACAGACGCCAUCCCCAGCGUCCCACUUCCUGCCAGACAGCUGGACAGAAGCAUCCGCACUCGACUGGUUCUGACUUCCACAGUGAGACGCCACGUGUCUCCGUCUCCGAACCAAGGUCGGCUUUGCUGGAUGUAGAGAGAGCUGGGCUCUGGAUCCGCAGGGGACCAUAGAACACCAGCAGAAGGUUUCAAGAGAUGAACGUCGGACGGUUUAGCCUUGUCGUGUUAGCUGAUGGCUGUUUGGUAUCAGUGUCGUCCCUUCAGCCAGACACAGUUUGAAUCACAGGUCUCGCUCAGCAAACUGGGUAGAAUUAAAUGAACGAUGACCUAAGCUGUUACCAGAGAGUUCUGAUAGGAUGGAGCAGAAGAUGGAUGGGUGGAGCCUGCAGUACUGCCGCCGCUGCUCCGAUCUGUUGUGGUGAUACAGACAACCGGUUCUGUCACUUAAGCUGGCCUGAACUGGUCGCGGAGGUAGAAAUGUGACGGUCAGCCUGUCGUACUUCCAGACAGGCUGACCGUGUUCAGGUACAGAGUCCAUAUCCUCCGUCUGCAUCUGGACCCCAGCUGAUCCGCGAAGCUUAGAACCCGUUGAGCCCUGAAUGAACAAAGUCAGCAUUCCUGAACAUUGACACCGUAUUCAUGGAUCAGCCUCACUCUGCUCUUCGACCUAAACCUUCCACACUCUUCUCAAGAUUGGACCUCUAGCUCCACUGGCUGUGUGCGGAGUCAGGAGGAAGACAAAGCAGAAAACUACGUGGCGUUCUGCUGGACACGAGAGAGAGGAGAGGAUUUGGGAAGGUAAACCAAGACCCAGCUUGGUUGGAUCAUUUGCAUGAGCUGUCUCUUCAACGUUUGAUUCCUGUGUGAUGUAAGUGCACCAGUCUGUGCAGCAGGCCCUUGGUUUUUUGUCAAGGUCCUUCUGCCUGAGUCUGAUGCUCAGAAGGUUUAAAGCAGGGAUCGCAUCAUUGAUCUUGUUGGACGGUGGUGCUGCUGCUGGAAGACGUGUGUCAGUUCUACACCGAGAGCCUUCCUCAUGGUCCAGAGCCCAGCCGCCACCUGCAGCUCGGCGUGCGGCGCACGCUUUGCAGUUUGAAGGUAACCCGGGUUCUAGCUGAUCCACGUACUGCCACUCUCACAGCUGACGUUUCACAUAUAUUGUCACUGACAAUAUAUGUGACGUUUUCAAGUUCAGAUGUUCGUUUCCCUCGCGCUGCAAAUAUUUCCUUUGAACAUAAAAAGCACAGACUGCUUUCCUGAGACGGAUAAUGAAUGAUUCUUCUGUUGAAGAAAAACAACUGGAGUGGCUAAUGCAUCUAGUCCAUUUUUAUACACGAUCUACUGAGUUGGAGAUUUAAGUUUGAGCUUUUUUUUUUUCCUUUAAAUACAGAAAAGUCUGGAAACACCCAGAUUCUUCCGACUUCUCCUGGAGCAGAACUGUUGUGUUCAGGAACCCCAUAAUAAUCUGUGAAUAUCAACUCUGAGGAUGGAGGUCGAUCUCCUCGGGAAGGGGGGUGGGGGGAGAGGAGCUCUCUGUGGGCCGGGAAUUACGAGAUGAACUGUGACCUGUGCUAAUUUGAUAACGCCGUAAUAGGAUUAAUGAGCUCACCUUGACUGUGAAUCUUAAUAAUCUGCAGGGUGGGAUCGGAUAGGUAACGAAGUGCUUCUGUUUCCACCAACAUGCUGAUGGAGAUCAGAGGAAGCCUCCCCGAUAAACUCCACCUGUUUCGCUGCAUGUUCUAAACAAUUUCGUUGAGCUUUUUUGUACGUCGGACGACAUGUUUUCUGAGGGACCAAUGGAUGAACUGGAAGUCCUUGAAUCCAAACGUCAGAACACCUUAAAGAAUGACUGAAAAAUGAAGGAAAUAAGACCACGAUUUUUAUUAAACAUAAUGCUGGGUCAAUCUGCUUACCGUUGCUUCACUACGUCCUUGUAAAUAUGUGUAAUUAUUAAAAUGAUACUGGUUUUCCGUGACCUUGCUCCGUCCUUGUUUGAUUUGCAGGGAAACGAAGCUCCAGUGUUAAACGGCAUCAAGGCUCAUCAGCGCUCUCUACGUUCUCACAGUGAGGGAAGAACCUUCUUAGAUCAUCCUCUGAAAUUUUCAUCCGUCUACUAGAAUAUUCAUGAAUCUGCAUCUUCACGUGAUUGGGUCAGCUUAGUCAAAAUCACUUCAUAAUGCUCGAAUGGCUCUUAAAUAGUUUGUACAUUUUCAGGGUGCCGAGAAAAAAAGAAAAAUAAAUCACACACACACACACAAUUCUUCCAAUCUGCACCUUUUCCACAUAAAUGCUGCCAGAACUUACAUAUUUCUACAGUAACAAGUUCCACUGACUAAACCUAAAAGCCAACGUAGGCAUACAAAGAAUAUCCCAAAGCCUAAUGUAGGCUACAUUUAUGUUCAUCUACUGGGACAAAUGAAGUAGCAUUUAUACAGUGGUGUUCAAAAUCAGUUAAUUUCUCAAAUCGGAUUAGUGGAAAAACCCAGCAGGGCAUCGACUAAGUAUUCACUCCUAGACGUAGCGGCAGUAGACAAUGGCUCGCGUUGAGUCGAUGACUUAAUACUCCAUAUGUAGCAACGGCAAAGAGGAAAAACUCCUUUAACAGGAAGGAACCUCCAGCGUAAGCAGAACGUGGCUCUGAGGUUUGAGAAGACAGAACAGAACAGAACUCUCCCCCCAGAAAACACCAAGAACUGAUGUUGGGACAGAAAUGCAGCCGGACCAGAAUUAUUUGCUUGAUGGUCGGGGUCCUGGUCGGGCUUCUGUGGCAUGUUUAAUAAAUUCAAUUUAUUACAAAUGUU